UAACACCACUACUUUUCUUUAUUGGAGUUCACUUUACUUUUCUGCUUUCAAAUUGGCUUAGAAGGUAGACCGGAUGUACUUCUGCUUCCAAAUUGCCUGCUGCUUCUUUUUCCUCUUCUUCUUCUUUAACGGCUGCUACGUCUUCAAUUGGUUAUUCUUCUUCUUCUUCUUCUUGUUCUUCUUCAAUUGGUUCUUCUUCUUCUUCUUCUUCUUGUGAUUGGACAAUCAUCUUCCCCUAGCUUUGAUUUCUCCAGCAUCUGGAUUCUUGGUUAAUAGAGAAAUCAGAACUCAAAUCUCAUCUCAGCAAGUCCAAAUCUCUCAGUUAUUCAAGUGAACAAUCAUCUUCCCCUAGCUUUGAUUUCUUCAGCAUCUGGAUUCUUGGCGUCAUCUUAAAGUCUUGAAAGUGUAUUCUUGCUUUUUUUUCAUUUUUCUGGUUGGUGUUGGGAAUUGAGUAGAUCAGUUGAAGCAUUUUUUCCAUCCGUGCAGGUUAAUAGAGAAAUCAGAACUUAAAUCCCAUCUCAGCAAGUCCAAAUCUCUCAGUUAUUCAAGUGGACAAUCUUUCACUAGCUUUGAUUUCUUCAGCAUCUGGAUUCUUGGUGUGAUCUUAAAGCUUGAAAAGAUAAUCGAGAAAUCAGAACUCAAAUCCCAGAAUUCAUCUCUACUGCUCUAAUGGCCACUUCUUAUUCUCAGUGGAAAUAUGAUGUGUUCCUGAGUUUCAGAGGAGAAGACACCCGCAAUAAUUUUACGGCCCAUCUCUAUGAUGCCUUACACUGUAAAGGAAUCAAUGCUUUCAUUGAUGCUGACAAGCUUAGGAGAGGUGAAAUCAUAUCUCCGGCACUUCUCUCAGCAAUCGAAGGGUCAAGGUUUUCCAUCGUAGUUUUAUCAGAAAACUAUGGAUCUUCAAGGUGGUGUUUGGAGGAGCUCGUAAAGAUACUAGAAUGCAAGAAAACCAAGAGACAGGUGGUGCUGCCCAUUUUCUAUCAGGUAGAUCCUUCGGAUGUACGGAAACAAAAAGGGAGUUAUGGAAAAGCCUUUGCUAAACAUGAAGAGAAUAUGAAGGAGAAUAUGGAGAAAGUGCAUAUUUGGAGGGAAGCCCUAUCUGAAGUUGGGAAUAUAUCUGGCUGGGAUUCACGGAAUAAGGAUGAGAGUGUUCUUAUCAAGGAAAUUGUGUCCAUGCUCUUGAAUGAAUUGCUUAGUACGCCCUGGAGUGAUGCUGAGGACCAACUGGUUGGAAUAGGUUCCCAAAUACAAGAAAUGGAAUUACUAUUAUGUACAGAAUCAACUGAUGUUCGCAUGGUGGGAAUUUGGGGCAUGGGUGGCAUUGGUAAGACAACCCUUGCACAAGCUAUUUACAAUCGAGUUUCUAGUCAAUUUGAAGGUUGCUCCUAUCUUGAAGAUGUUGGAGAAGAUUUGAGAAAACGAGGUUUAAUAGGUUUACAAGAGAAGCUUCUUUCUCAAAUUCUAGGACAUGAAAAUAUAAAGUUAAAUGGGCCAAUUUCUCUAAAGGCAAGGCUUUGCUCCCUAAAGGUCUUUAUUGUUCUUGACAAUGUACAUGAUCAAAAUAUACUUGAAUACUUAGUUGGAAGCCAUGAUUGGUUUGGACAAGGAAGUAGAAUCAUUAUCACAACUAGGGAUAAGCGUUUAUUAAUGUCACAUGGAGUGAGGGUCUAUGAGGUUAAGAAAUUAGUUCAUACUGAAGCUAUUGAGUUUCUUAGACGUUAUGCCUCAAAACAACAAAUUGCUAUUGACGAAUUUAUGGAGCUUUCCAACAGUAUAACAACAUAUGCUCAAGGGCUUCCAUUAGUUCUUAAAGUCCUAGGCUCUUUUUUAUUUAGCAUGAGCAAACAUGAAUGGAGAAGUGAGUUAGACAAACUAAAAGAUACUCCUCAUGGUAGAAUUCAAGAAGUGCUUCGAAUAAGUUAUGAUGGGUUGGAUGACAAAGAGAAAAACAUAUUUUUGGAUAUCGCGUGUUUUUUCAAAGGUGAAGAUAAAGAACAUGUGAUAAAAAUAUUAGAUGGUUGUGGCUUCUUUGCAGUUAGCGGAAUAAGAGGUCUCAUUGAUAAGUCUCUUAUAACUAUUUCCAACAAUGACAAAAUAGUGAUGCAUGAUUCACUCCAAGAAAUGGGUUGGGAAAUCAUUCGCCAAACAAGCCCUAAAGAGCCUGGCAAACGCAGCAGAUUAUGGAUUUACGAAGAUGCCUAUCAUGUAUUAAGUAAAAAUACGGGAACACAAGAAGUUGAAGGCGUAUUUUUAAACUUGUCUGGUAUAGAAGAGAUACACUUUACAACAAAGGCCUUUGCUGGGAUGGAUAAGCUUAGAUUGCUCAAAUUCUAUGACUAUAUCCCCUUGACAAACUCAGAAUGUACUAGUAAAAGGAAAUGUAAAGUGCAUAUUCCUCGGGAUUUUAAAUUUCAUUACAAUGAAUUGAGGUAUCUACAUUUACAUGGAUAUCCUUUGAAGCUGUUGCCACAUGAUUUUAGCCCCAAGAAUCUUGUUGACCUCAGCCUGCCUUGUAGUUAUGUUAAACAACUUUGGAAAGGAAUCAAGGUUCUUGAAAAGUUAAAAUUCUUGGAUCUCAGUCACUCCAAAUAUCUUGUAGAGACCCCGAAUUUCUCAGGGAUCAGCAAUCUUGAGAAGUUAUCUCUCACAGGGUGUACGUAUUUGCGUGAAGUUCAUCCAACCCUUGGAGUUUUGGGCAAGCUUAGUUUCUUGAGUUUGAGAGACUGCAAAAUGCUGAAGAAUAUUCCAAACAGCAUUUGUAAGCUGAAAUCUCUGGAAACUUUUAUUUUUUCUGGUUGCUCAAAAGUUGAAAAUUUUCCGGAGAACUUUGGGAACUUAGAACAGUUGAAGGAGCUAUACGCAGAUGAAACUGCUAUAAGUGCACUACCCUCCUCUAUUUGUCUCUUGAGAAACCUUCAAGUAUUAUCCUUUAAUGGAUGUAAAGGACCACCAUCUGCCUCAUGGUUAACGUUGUUGCCAAGAAAAAGUUCAAAUUCCAGCAAAUUUCUAUUGUCUCCGUUGUCAGGUUUGGGCUCUCUAAAAAAACUGAAUUUGAGAGACUGUAAUAUAUCAGAAGGAGCAGACCUGAGUCACCUUGCAAUCUUAUCUUCGCUGGAAAAUUUGGAUUUAAGUGGGAAUAACUUUAUUAGCCUGCCUUCAAGCAUGAGUCGACUUUCUCAGCUUGUAAGCCUUAAGUUGCAAAAUUGCAGAAGGCUUCAAGCAUUGUCGGAGCUUCCAUCAAGCAUAAAGGAGAUAGAUGCACAUAAUUGCAUGUCAUUAGAAACAAUCUCAAACCAGUCACUCUUCUCGUCUCUUAGACAUGUCUCUUUUAGUGAAUGUUUGAAAAUUAAAACCUAUCAAAACAACAUUGGGUCCAUGUUGCAGGCUCUGGCAACUUUUCUUCAAACUCAGAAGAGGUCUAGAUAUGCUCGGGAUAACCCAGAGAGUGUGACCAUUGAAUUCAGCACUGUUGUUCCUGGAAGUGAAAUACCAGAUUGGUUCAGCUAUCAGAGCUCUGGGCAUGAAGUAAAUAUAGAGCUACCUCCAAAUUGGUUUAAUAGUAACUUCCUGGGUUUUGCACUUUCUGCUGUCCUUGGUUUCGAUGCCCUGCCCAGUCACGACCCUAAUUGUAACGUUUUUAGCUUAUUUUGUAUAUUCGGUUUCCAAAAUUCCGCUGCUGCUUACUAUGAUAAUGUUUUCCAUGUUAAUUCUGGGCCUGCAUUAAUCGAGUCAGAUCACCUUUGGCUGGGGUAUGCACCAGUUGUCAGCUCCUUCAAGUGGCAUGAAGUGAAUCACUUUGAGGCUGCAUUUAUGACGUUCACCAACAACUUGGCCCUGGUGGUUAAGAGGUGUGGGAUUCGGCUAGUAUACAGCAGUGAAGAUGUGAGUGACAACAACCCAACAAUGAUCCAAUACAUUUCUCCACCUCCUCCUCCCCGUUCAACUCUCCUUAUUCAAGAAAUUGAUGAGAGGGGACCCAGUGGAAGUGCCUGCUCUAGCGAGGACUCAUGCCCCUAACACAUUGAGACGACUCAAGCCAUGAUUCCACUCAAGGGACAAUCCAUUCAUCAAUGCACUGGCUUAUGGGCUUUGAGUUCAAAGAAAAUUCAUUUAACUUUAUCUGAUAUUUAUUUUUCCUAGUAAUAACUACUUAUUAGUUAUAUGCCAUUAAGUGAAACGUACUUGAACUAUUUGAUAAUUGCUCUAGUUGAUGUGAUUUGAGUUUAUGUGAUAGAUAUUAUCUUUGGUCAUAA